AUGGCGGUGGUGGACGAGGCGCGAGCGGAGGCGAUGAACGAGGAACGGUGGAGAACGGUGGAGGAGAAAACGGUUCUAUCGUGUACCACGUUCAACGUGCUUGCGCCGAUCUACAAGAGAAUGGGUGUCGAGAGCGAGAGGGAGAGCGCGUGUCAGCAUGUAUGGCGGGAGCGAAAUCAGGAGAUCAUCAAAACGCUUCUCGACACCAAGUCGUCCAUCCUGUGCUUGCAGGAGUGUUGGCUGGCCAAUUCGGAGUGGGUAGACAUGUACGACACAGCGUUACAGGGUGCUGGUUACCAGCUUCUCAAGCUGCCUCGCACAAACGCCAGGGGAGAUGGCCUCAUGAUGGCAGUGAGAGCGUCUGAGUGGGAGGUGGUAGACCACCACCCGCUGUGCUUCAACGACUGUGGCGACCGGGUGGCACAGAUUGUCCGACUCCGAGCAAGGCGAGGAGGACGGGGAGAAGGGAAUAGAAGCAUGAAGUUAGGAGAGGUGGAGGAGGGGAGAUGGGGGACGGGGGAGGGCAGAGGAGAGGAGGGGGAGGGAGGGGAGGAGGUGGUGGUGGCAAACACGCACUUGCUCUUCCCACACAACGCCAACUCCAGCAUUGUUCGUCUGUGCCAGGUAUACAAGCUCCUGGAGCGCAUUGAUGGGUACAGAGAGGAGCACCACGCCGGUGCGCUGCCCGUCAUACUCUGCGGGGACCUGAACGGCACGAAGCAGGGCAACGUGUAUAAGCUGCUCAGGGCGCAUGGCUUUGUGUCAUCCUUUGACUCGGCGCACCACCACAGCGACGACGACGAGCAGUGGGUGAGUCACCGCAACCACCACGGCAACCUGUGCGGGGUGGACUAUGUGUGGGUGCUCAACCCAGAGCAGCACCACCGAACGCUUGCAGUCAACUGGCGGACGGCGGUCUUUGGCCUUAUUCGAUCCAAGCUCGCUUCGGCCGGCAUCACCAAUGUCGAGGCAGCUUUUGACUUCUUCCUGCGGGCGGGUGAAGGGCACAAAGCCAUGGGCCCCCUGGCGCAUGGCGGGCGAAUUUUUCCUGAAGGGGGUGCUGCAGGGGAUCAGGCGGCUGCUGCUUUCAACAUGGGUGAUUUCCAGAGGGGACUGGACCGACUGGGGUUGACUGGCGUUGACUCCAUUGGACUGACGCGCAUUGAGGUGGAGGAGCUGAUGCGGUCCGCUGACUGCCAGGGGAAGGGCUGCGUUGACUUUGAAGACUUCAAGGCUCUCUUUGACCAACCCACGUGGGAUGACACCGUGGCAGCUCUCAGGCACUCUCUUGCCACGUCAUGCUCUGCUGACUCACCUCCACCACCUGCUGAAUCAACCGCUGCAGGUGCUGCUGACGUCCACAGUACCACCUCUGACAUCAGCAGUGCCUCGACUGACAUCACCAUCACCUCACCCGACAUCAGCAUCACCUCACCUGACAUCAGCAUCACCUCACCUGACAUCAGCAUGACCUCAGCUGACAUCAGCAUCACCUCACCUGACAUCAGCAUCACCUCAGCUGACAUCAGCAGCCCUGGUCCUCUGAUCAUGACUUGCUCGUCGUCCUCCUCUACCCUGACCUCUUCCUCUACUCCCAUCUCCUCCUCUCCGCCACCCGCUCAAUCCCACCACUUUUUCCACUCUUUCGAACCUUCCAUGCAGUUUCCUCAUCUGCACCUAUUCAGCCAUCUCCCGCUCUUCAGCAAGGCAGUUGCUCUUCAGAUUCACUCAAUGGGGGAAGGUGGGAAAACAGAGGGAAGAGUGGGAGGGACGACCGAGGGGAGGGUGAAGGAGCAGCUGGGUAGAGGAACGAUGCAAGGGAGCAGUGGAAGGGAGGGAGGGAGCAUGCAGCUGCAAGGUGCAUUGAAUCUGGACGUGCUGCAAGCAACCCUGUUCCCAAGGGCCAUGGAGGACGGCGUGUGGCCGGAAGACUACACCAUUUCUGACCAUGCUGUGCUCACUCGCCAUCGACGGGUCGUCGCGACAGAUGACGCGGAUGGCGGCGCGAAGGCGACUCCAUCGAACAGCCUCGGCGUCAAGUACGGCAGCGGCUAUAACUCCGCCGCGCCUUACGUCGCCGCUGGCGUGACGGCGAUUACCAUUCCGCCCGACGUCGGCGCUCCGCAACUGGCGCUGAAAUCUCCGCACGCUGGCGCAAAGUUUUGGCGCAAGGUGCUGCGGUCGCCGGGGUUUAAAGACAUGGCGCGGAAGAGAGCCGCGCAGCAGCGGAGCAUGUCGUUUCAGCAGUUCGACCUGCUACAGUUAACUCGCGCUACAAGGAACUUCAGUAAGCAGAACUUUAUCGGAAAAGGAAGCACGUCCGAGGUUUACCGAGGCGCGGGGCCCAACGGAGCGCAGUGGGCGGUUAAGAGAUCCGUUUGGCGGCAAGGGGGCGGGGAUGGCCCCAUGCUGACGUUUCGCCCAGCAAACCCGGCGGCUUAUGCGGAGCUAGAAGCGGAUUUCAUCUUCAGCGCGAAGUCUAUGGCGGUACUAUGCCAUCAGAAUGUGAUUCAACUGCUGGGUUACUGUUUCGAGUGCGGCGAGAGGGUGCUUAUAUACGAGUUCGUGGGCGGUCCGAGUUUGGAGUCGAUGAUUUUCGGGAACACCGACGUGUGGAAAGAGAAAAUUACGAUGUGGAGAAGGGGUUCGCGAAACGCUCGCGCGCUCAUGGACCUCGGGGUUGUCGCGGAGGGCGAGGAGGAAGGAAUACCGUUCGAUUUCCUGCACAGGCUGCUGAUCGCCGUUGAUAUUGCCGAGGCGGUCGCGUACCUGCACACGGAGUUCCCUAGGCCGUAUUUACUAGAGGGGUUGCAUCCGAAAAACAUUUUUUUCGACACGAACGGCGUUCCCAAGGUGGGCAACAUCGGGCGGAUGAAAGUUUUGAUGUCCCGAGACAUCACUGGCGGCGCGAGCAUGCUGGGUGGGUUACCACACGCGCCGACGCUCGCAACCAGUGGUUACAUCGACCCCAGUUUCAACAUAACUAGGAAAUCGUCGCCGCCCAAUGACGUGUACGCGUUUGGCGUUAUCCUCCUGCAGAUCUUCACCGGCCGCCCAGCCGUGAUUGAGAACGAGCCUGGCGAAGCUACCGCGAAGCUGGACCUAGGCACGUGGGUCUCGAAGCGCCUUAGGUCGGGAGGAGACGCCGGCAUAGGGAGUAUAGUGGAUCCGCGGCUCGGCACCGCCUACCCUGCUGACGUCAUUCGGAGAGUGUUACAGGUUGGGCUGGACUGUCAGCUUUUCCCCGCUAAGAAACGCCCCGCUAUGAAAAGGGUUGCUGAGCGGCUAUUGGCUAUUCAUGAGGAGUUGGUUAAGGAGGGUGGGGUGGUGGUGGUGGACAUUCCCGAACCUGAGCCCGAGGCCGGGGAAUUCGUGGUUGGGGAGGAGGAAGGGGGGAAGGUGAGUGUAGGAGAGAAGUUGGGGGAGAGGGUGGCGGAGGUUCGUGGGGAGGAGAUGGGGGAGGGGGUGGCAGAGGUUCGUGGGGAAGAGAUGGGGGAGGGGGUGGUGGAGGUUCGUGGGGAGGAGAUGGGGGAGGGGGUGGCGGAGGCUUCUAGAAAGGAGACGGGAGAGGGGGCGACGGAGGUUAGUGGGGAGGCGAUGGGGGAAGUUACUGGGAAGGUGGAGAGAGAAGGGGGAGGUGAGAAAGAGAGUGAGGAGGGGAUAAGGAAGGAAGACGCAGGGGAGAGGGGAAAUGUGGGAGAUUCGGGUGUGGGGGGGGAUAGCAGCGAAGAAGCGAAAGGGAGUGAGGAGGCAGAGAAUCGGAAGAGAGGCAAGAAGGGGAAGAAGGAGAAGAAGGAGAAGAAGGAUAAGAAGGAGAAGAAACGGAAGGAGGAGGAUCAAGCAGAGAGGGAGCAAGUGGAGGUUGGGGUGGAUAGCAACGUGUAG